AUGGAAGAGAAUGACCAAGCACAGGCCGGUCCUCAUCUUUGUCGCAAAGGGUGUGGAUUUUACGGUAGUCCAAACUUUGAUGGCUUUUGCUCGAAGUGUCAUCGAGAUAUGCAAGAGGCGAACAAACAUGGUAAAUCUGUUGCAGGCGAUUUCGGUGAGGACAUUUUGAAGUCAGCUAAUCCCACCAUAUUCGAUCCUUAUACAGCACCGGAUUCAGUGGAGUCCAUUUUGAAUAAGGAAACAGAAACUGCUGAAAAGUGUUCUGUUUCUACCUCUUUUAAAGGCACUCCAGAUGAUUCGAACAAAGUCGAUCCCCCAGUGAAAGGUUCGGCCGUCAAUACCGGUGAAAUUGAAGCUACCUCAGGCACAAAUGAAUCUGCGACGAAAACGCGCCCACGUUGUUUGGUGUGCAAUAAACGAGUUGGCCUUGCGGGUUUUACAUGCCGGUGCGGCGGUUUGUACUGUACAGUUCAUCGAUAUUCUGAUUCGCAUGACUGCUCCUUCGAUUAUCGGGAAUCAGGUCAAGCCGACAUCCGCAAGGCAAAUCCUCAAGUGAUUUGUCCAAAAAUUAACAAAAUAUAA